UGUGCAGUUCAAAUGUUGAUGUCAUUGUUUGUGCCCACUGUCCUCCCGAUUUUUCAAAAUCAAAUAUAACUCGUAUUUGAAUUAUUGCAAGGUAAACUGAGCCAAAUGUUGAAAGAGUAAUUUUGUUUUCGCAAAGUUCUAGCCUGAAUAUAAGAUCGUCAUAUUAUUGAUUUCCAAUAUAGGUGUGUUUAUGCGUAUAAACCCUGCCAUAAUGCACCAUUAAUCACGAACAUAUAUAGGACUUAUUGUUAAGUUACAUCGCCCUGUGUACAACUGUAUUGGUGAUAGUUGUAUACAUUGCCAGGAAGAUAAGCCGAUUUUGAUACAAUUAACAAUGGAAGAAUUUACCGACUCUACAUCAACUAGUAAAUAACUUAAAUCCUCAAUAGGGUUUACUACAAUUCCGUAAAGGUAUACGUGCACUAGAGGAUAUUCAAAGCCAAUGUUAAUGGACAUGAACUACGACAUUUUAAACAAAAACAAGUCAUAAAUAGACGUUUUGUUGUCUGUUGAGUGUAUAUACAGGCUCAGAGAACACUCAUACUUACAUAUAUCACACACACCACAAUAAGAGGGACUUUACACAGAACAAUCUGUUCGGAUCUAUUAAAUCCCUGCAAAGAUGGGUCUAGGAUGUGGAUCGAAAACAGCGAAGGGGUUCCUAUUCGUCUUCAACAUAUUAUUCUUCCUUUUGGGUGCUACAGCUCUGGGACUUGGUAUCUUUGUCCUUGUUGACAAGGCUCAGCUGACCUAUCUCACUAAGCUUGGAGGAGUAAACCAGGUGGAUGUUCCUGGAUUACUCGAAACCUCCGCCUAUGUUCUUAUCGCUGGUGGGGGUCUGGUGUUCAUCAUUGGAUUCCUGGGCUGUUGUGGCGCAUGGAAAGAAGUUAGAGUUUUCCUCAUAGUGUAUGCUAUCAUGGUGUUGCUGAUUCUCCUGGCCGAGAUAGGAGCUGGGGUAGUUGCCUUUUUAUUCAGGGAUAAAGCGAUAACAGAGUUGAAAUCCUUCCUCAAUGAGACCAUCGUAUACAAAUACGAGGGGCAAUUGACAACAUCUGAACCGUUCUCUCUUGCCUGGGAUCUUGCACACGUGACGUUUGACUGCUGCGGGAUUAACAACUCUACAGAUUUCGAUGUUGCUUCGGCAUGGAACAGAUCAUAUACAUUGACUACGAAUAACAUCUCUAGCACUGUAAACAUGGUGAUCCCACCCUCUUGUUGUCGGUUUACCGACAAAUCAUUAUACCCCAGCAAUAUCGGCUCGUUGACAUUCGUCAAUGACACAUGUCCCAUUGCACCAACAACAUCCAAUUCAUGGCUAAACACGGGAUGUUAUCAAACCAUUUAUGACUUCGUCCUGCAGAAUGCCUACAUAAUUAUUGGCAUUGGGAUAGGAAUAGGUGUUGUGGAGUUUGUUGGAGUCAUAUCAGCAUUGUGCCUUGCUCAUGCUAUUAAAAAGGAUAAAGACGAAGAUUCAGUUACGGAUCUCAGGAAGGCUGACCGUAGAGCGAGGCGACGAUAGUGGGAAUCGUCGCAGCAUGUUGUUUAGCAAGAGCAAUCAAACAAAAAGAAAACGACGUCGUAUAAAUCAUUACGAAUCGACAUAUUAGAAACACCACACAAUUAUUGGAAGAUUUCUGGAGAGGACUAAAAGACAGGACUAAAAGGCAUGAGAGUGACGUUAUUAUACAGUUAGCAAGUGUAACGCAGGCCUUGAGUUUAUUGAUUUUCUCCCUAUAUCAUGACAUGUAUAAUGUGAAUAGUAUCACGAACUACUUU